AUGCUCUUCUAUAUAAUGAUUGAAGCAAUCCACAACUUCCCUAUGGGUAGCAAACCUGAUUUUGAUCACAUGAUGAGUUCUUCAAUCUUUCUUCUAUACUGCCUUCUCACGUUCUCUUUGUAUUCCAUCUCCCAACACACAAGCCACGGUAAUUCUCUAGACUUCACACCAGCGAGGAAAUUAAGCAUGUCAUCCCCUGGCCAUGACCACAAAUAUCAUGAAACUCAGGUAGCAGAUGAGAGAAUGGAAAGUUCCCCUGCCAAUGCAGAUUUCACAACACUAGAAAUUACCAGCAACAGUUACAGUCCUCAUGAUCUUGUCUAUCAUACAGAUUACCAUGGAGUAACAACUCAUCCAACUCCUAAACAUCCAAAACCAUAGGCUUCAGUUUUCAUUUUGAGUUGUAAAAGAUAUAUGCAGACAUGUAUUCUAGUUCUUAUCUAUAUAUAAAUGUAAUGCUCUGUGUGUAUGGGAAGAGGAAAAAGUUAUGUUUA